GACUGCAAAGCACCUCUGCUGAAUUCGAUAAUGUUGACUGUGCUUUUUUUCAUGGGGGCUUAUGCUCUUUCACCAAUGAUUACUACUGCUCACUGUCCAGAAAAUGAUGAUGGAUGGGGGUUUAUGACCGAUGUGUCUCCAAUGUACUUGCUUCAUAGAAACUUUAACACCGACCGCCAAGGUCGGAAUAUUACCGAAUGUGUUUCUGCUCAAACAUUAAGUGCGGAUGAAGGCAAACAUGAGAUCAAACAAGAGUUAAGCUACUAUAACAAGUCGUCUAAGCAAUGGGUUACCUUGCAAAAGAAUUUCACUGCUGAGGCUUGGGGCACAGGAACCACGUCAAUGAAUUUCUUCAAGUCACCUUCUCCAUAUGGACUCUUGACUUACCUCAUACUGCAUGCUGACGAAGACUGCCUGCUAGUAAAGUUGGUCUAUCGCAGCACUGUUAAGCUUCGCGCCUGUGAACUGUUGGUGAGAGAGAGCUACUUCCGGCAUACCGAGUCAUCCAAAUGCUGCGACUAUUGGUAUGAGAUCAAUUGUGAUCCAGUUGUACAAACAUUGUACAACCCCGGCAAAUGUCCUGCCUUGGGGAAAACUAAAGAAGGAUGAGAGAAACCAAAUAAAAACUCAAGUAUGUUGAUAACAGGAGCUCGCUGCACAGGAAACGUCACUUUAAAUAAAACAGUCAUCAUAUUGUUAUGA